AUGUCGGAGGAAACAAUUAUGUCUAUGAAUGAUCAGGCAAUUAAAAUUGAACCACCAGAAUAUUCACCAGAAGACAUUAAACACGAAAUGGAGGAUGAUUUUGAUGAUCCCGACGUUAUUGUUAAAUCUGAAUCGUGUUCUGAAGAUAAUGAUACGUGUUUAGAAAGAUUUAUGAAUUCCGAGGUAACAAUCGAAGAAGAAGUUAAACAGGAGUUAGUCGAGACAUUAACUUAUGAAUGUGACGUUUGCAAUAGAUCAUUUGCAGAAUCAGAUCAUUUAAAAGAGCAUAUGGCCCAUCAUUUUCCUAAUAAUAGCAAAGAAAUUCCUUUCAAAUGUGAAAUCUGUCACAAGGCUUUUAAUCAAUUAAGUGGUCUGAAAAGGCAUAUGCUCAUUCACAGUGGUCAUUUGAAAAGUCACAUGCUGAUACACAGUGGAGUACACGCCCAUGAAUGCAAUAUAUGCAAGAAGACAUUCACACAAACAGGUAGUCUGAAAAGACACAUGCUCAUUCACAUUGGAGUACAACACGCCCAUGAAUGCAAUAUAUGCAAAAAAAAAUUUACAGAAAGAAGUAAUCUGAAAAAACACAUGCUGAGACACAGUGGAGUACGUCCCCAUGAAUGCGAUAUAUGCAAUAAGACAUUCACAGAAUUAGGUAAUCUGAAAAGUCACAAGCUGAUACACAGUGAUGAGCGCCCUCAUCGAUGCAAUAUAUGCAAAAAGACAUUCAAACAAUCAGGUAGUCUAAAAAGACACAUGCUCAUUCACAAUGGAAUACUCCCGCAUGAAUGCAAUAUAUGCAAAAAGACAUUCAAGCGAUCAACAAUUCUGAAAUGUCACAUGCUGAUACACAGUGGAGUAAAACUGCAUCAAUGCAAUAUGUGCAAAAAAACAUUCACGCAAUCAAGUAGUUUAAAAAAUCACAUGGUAGUGCAUAGUGGAGUACGUCCCCAUGAAUGCAGUAUAUGCAAUAAGACAUUCGGACUAUUAGGUAAUCUGAAAAGUCACAUGCUGAUACAUAGUGGAGUACGUUCCUAUGAAUGCAAUGUAUGCAACAAGACAUACACGCUAUCACAAAGUCUGAAAAGUCACAUGCUGAUGCACAAAGAAGUAGGCUCUCAUGAAUGCAAUACAUGCAAUAAGAAAUUCAAAACGAUUAAGUCAUUUGAAAAGGCACAAGUUGAUUCAUAA